UCUCAGACGCCUGGCGAGCAGGGCAGAGGGAGGCCAGGGACCCACAGCAUGUGAAGGGCAGGGAGUAUGGGUGGGGGGCAUUGUAGAAUUGUCAGGCAGGCAGCAGGGAUGCCCAGUCUGAGGCAGAGUGGUACAGAAAGAGACAGAACGACAGCGGAGAACAACAGGCUUGCGGAUAGAUGGAUGGAUGGGCAAAUGGAGAUUGUCUGACAGGAGGAGCAGAAGCAGGAGGCGAUUAACAGAGUGGGGCAGUUGUAAGGUGGAUGCACAAGGUGGCUUGAGGUUGGUGAAUGCCAAGAGGAAGGCAGGCUGGUCCCCUCACAGCUUGCUUCUCACUCCCCUUACUAGGUCCCUGGCCUCAACUGUAUCUCGAGUAAGCCAGUAAUGGAUACCUUUGGGGGAGCUCCCCGAUUUCUUGCCUACCCCCGCACUUUUACAGUACAGAGUGGUACCAAUGCUGUCCUGAAAUGGCGGGUGGCUGGCGAGCCCCAUCCCAGCGUUGCCUGGGAGAAGGACGGUUCUGUGCUGGAGCUGCCGUCAGGGCGGAUGUUUGUAGAGGCUGAUGGUGAUGCGUAUAGCUUGCUGGUGUCUCAGGCUGCUCCAGCGGACAGUGGGCGCUAUGUGUGCAAAGCAAAGAACAGUGUGGGUGAAACCUAUGCAGCUGCUACUCUCAAAGUGGAGGCAGCAGAACGGAAACCCAAAGGAGAUCUUGACGCUCAGCCUCCAGUCUUCCUGAAUAGGCCAGUCUCUGCACGGGUGACCCGUGGAGAGGAUGUGACCUUUGCCUGCAGAGUCUCGGGGGAGCUUGAAUGGGAAAAGGACGGACACAAGCUGUCAGACGUCUUUGAGAGCAGCCAUUACAAAGUGAGCAUAGAGCCCGGUGACUGGCACUCUCUGCACAUCUACAACACCCGUCUCCCAGAUGCUGGUGUUUAUGUAUGCCGGGCCCAGAACAGUUUUGGAGAGACCAUGGCUGCAGCUGUGCUCCUAGUGGAUUCUGUAGUGUGUGUUCCCCACGAUGACCCUUUUGCACCCCAAAACUGCCAUUUCAAGAAACAGCCGGAGGAACAAGAUGAUAAGAGGCGGCGACAUCAUCCUGAGCAACAUGUGUUGUCGGAAGGCAGGCAAAAUGGGGAAGUGCUUCCCAGCCUACCCAUGCCGAAGGCCUUUACUGUGAAUGAAGGGAAGCACGCCAAGUUCCGCUGUUACGUAACUGGGAAGCCGAAGCCGGAGAUCGUCUGGCAGAAGGAUGGGAAGGUCCUGUCCCCUGGAAGGAGGCACCUGCUCUAUGAGGACAGGGAGGGCUACUUUAUUCUCAAGGUGCUAUACUGCACAGUUCGGGAUUGUGGCCUCUAUGUGUGCACAGCCUGCAACAUAGCCGGCCAGACACUCAGCGCUGUGAGCCUCCACGUCAAAGAACCCCGACUGCGGUUCCAAGCACCUUUAGUGGAUGUGGAAGUACUGGAGCGCCAGGAUGCAGUCUUAGAGUGCCAGGUGCCUCUGGAGACGAUCCCUACAGUGUGGUAUCUUGAAGACAAGCGCCUGCAGCCCAGCCCCAAGUACCUGAUGGAGGAGCAGGGCCUGCUGCGGCGGCUGACAGUGCGGGAUGCCCGGGCUGACGAUGAUGGCAUUUACCUAUGUGAGAUGGAGGGCAAGGGCCGCAGCGUUGGGGAGCUGUCGGUACAAGGUCUGAUCGUGAAGCGGUUGCCACGAAAGCUGGAUGUGAUGGAAGGAGAGAAUGCUGCCUUCUAUGUGGAGACGCGAGAACCUGUGGAGGCACCAAGCUGGGGCCGUAAUGGGCAGGAACUGGUGGAGGCACCACAUACCCUCAUCAGGAGCUUUGGUAAAACACACCUUCUGGUCCUGGUGCACGUGACAAGGCAUGAUGCUGGGGUCAUCACUUUCACGGCAGGCGAGUCACAAACCUCAGCACAGCUCCGUGUCAAAUGUGCCAAAAGGAUCCCACCAAGUGCACCUGUGGCAGUGAGGAUGUGCACAGGACGCAACAAUGCUGCCCUCCUAACUUGGUGCCCACCUCCCGAUGUUCACCGCAGCCCACCAAGUAACUACAUUCUCGAGAGGCAGGCAGUGGGAGAAGCUGAGUGGGUGCCUUCCCUCACCACUGAUGUUGCCAGCAUGGUUGAAGUUCCGGGUGAUGGUGUGCCACAGGAGGCUGACUACCGUUUCCGUGUGUGUUCUGCCAAUCAGUAUGGAUGUAGUGGGCACGUGGAAUUUCCAGGCUCUGUGCAUCUUGUGCCAAGGGCUCGUAUACAAAGAGGACUGCAAGAUGUCAAGGUUCAAAUUGGCGAGGAUGCCACUUUCUCAGUGCAGCUUUCAGCCACUCUGAGUGGUUGCUGGUUCUUCAAUGGGAAAAGGCUGGAGAAGGAGGAGGAGAAGGAGGAGGAAGGCCAGCAGUACCAGAUCACACACUGUGGAGUGGAUCAUGCCUUGCGGAUCAAAGGAGUACAGCUAGCAGCCAAUGGGUCCGAGGUGCGAUUCGAGGCCAAUGGCGUGAAGGAAUGUGCUGUAUUGCAUGUACAAGCCCCGCAGGUACAUAUCACUCCAGUGCCUGAGGCCAGGCGACUCCGAACACUUAUGGCUGGCAUGCCUCUGCUCCUAGAGUGUGAGAUCUCUAUACCUGAUGCCCCCAUCAGCUGGUUCAAAGAAGGGAAUCCUUUGUCUUUGGGUGAUGGUCGCCUUGUUGCCCAGUCAGAAGGCUGCAUCCACAAGCUGUUGAUACCCUCUGCCUGUUCUUUGGACUCUGGGACAUACACAUGUGAUGCUGGUGAUGAUGCCAUCAGCUUCAGGGUGACUGUGGAUGAACCUCCUGUGAGGGCUCUUCACUCCAAUGCUGAGAAGGCCCAUGCCUAUCAGGUUGCAGAGAGGGUAGUGUUGGCCUGUGAGCUGUCCCACCCUGAUGCUCCUGUGUGCUGGUACAAAGAUGGGGAGGCAGUGGAAGAAAGCGAGAGCCUCUUGCUAGAGAUUGAGGGCUCCCACCGCUGCCUGGUCAUUCCUGCAGUGCAGGUGAAGGAUGCAGGGGAGUUUGUGUGUGAUGCAGGUGGAGAUUCCGUCUUCUUCAACAUCACUGUUACAGAACCUCCUGUAAAGAUUGUGGAUUGCAAUGCUGAGGAGGCCCAUGCCUACCGGGUCUCAGAACAUGUGCGGCUGGCCUGUGAGCUGUCCUGCCCUGAUGCUCCUGUGCGCUGGUACAAGGAUGGAGAAGAGGUGGAAGAAAGCAAGGGCCUCCUGCUAGAGAGCAAGGGCCCACACCGCUGCCUAAUAAUUCCCUCUGCACAAAUUCAUGAUACAGGAGAGUUUGUGUGUGAUGCUGGUGGUGACUCUGCUUUCUUCAAUGUCAUUGUCACAGAGCUGCCUGUGCGGGUUGUGUCCUCCAACGCGGAUGAAAAUCAUACCUACCAGGUCUUGGCACAUGUGGCGUUGGUCUGUGAGCUGUCCUGUCCGAAUGCUCCUGUGUGCUGGUACAAAGAUGGGGAAGAGGUAGAGGAGAGUGAGGGUCUUCAGCUACAGAGUGAAGGAUCCCACCACCGGCUGGUCAUUGCCUCAGCUCGGGUGCAAGACACAGGAGAGUUUGUGUGUGAUGCUGGAGGCGACUCUGUCUUUUUCAAUAUUAUUGUUACAGAACCUCCUGUGAGGGCUGUUCACUCCAAUGCCGAGGAGGCCCAUGCCUACCAGAUCACGGAGAAGGUAGUGCUAGUCUGUGAACUGUCCUGCCCAGAUGCUCCUGUGCGCUGGUAUAAGGAUGGGGAGGCAGUGGAAGCAAGCGAGAGCCUCUUGCUAGAGAGUGAAGGGCCCCACCGCCGCUUGGUCAUUCCCUCAGUGCAGGUGAAGGACACAGGGGAGUUUGUGUGUGAUGCGGGUGGAGAUUCUGUUUUCUUCAACAUCACUGUUACAGAGCCACCUGUGCAGAUCGUGCACUCUAACGUAGAUGCGUCCCAUAAUUACCACACCUCGGAGUGCGUGGUGCUGUCCUGUGUGCUCUCCUGCCCCACUGCCCCUGUCCACUGGUACAAGGAUGGGGAGGAAGUGGAGGAGGGGGAAGGCUUGCUGUUGGAGAAUGAAGGGCCCCUCCGACGGCUUGUCCUUGCCUCAGCCCGGGUGCAAGAUUCAGGCGAGUUUGUGUGCGACGCCGGUGGUGACUCUGCUUUCUUUGUUGUUACAGUGGCAGCUCCCAAGGUGCACAUUACUCCGCUGUCAGAGGCCCAGUGCCUCCAGACAAUUCUGACUGGGAUGCCUCUCUGCCUGGAGUGUGAAGUCUCUGCCCCUGACGCCCCUGUCCAGUGGUUCAAGGAUGGAGAUCCUGUGCCCUUGGAUGAUGACAACUUCACUGUCCAAUCAGAAGGCUGCGUUCGGAGGCUAUUGAUCCGUUCGGCCUGCCCCUUGGACUCUGGGACAUAUACAUGUGACACAGCUGAUGACACCAUAGACUUCACGGUGACAGUGGAUGAUCUACCUGUUCAAGUUCUGCACUCCAACGCAGAUGCAGCCCACAUCUACCAGGUCUCAGAGUGUAUAGUGCUGGCUUGUGAGCUGUCCUGCUCUGAUGCCCUUGUAAGCUGGUACAAGAAUGGAGAGGAGGUAGAGGAAAAGGAUGGCCUCCUGCUAGAAAGUGAAGGGCCCCAUCGCCGUCUGGUUAUUGUUGCAGCCCAGACUCAGGACACAGGGGAGUUUGCAUGUGACACUGGUGGUGACUCUGUCUUCUUCAAUGUCAGUGUCACAGAACCCCCUGUACGGAUUUUGCACCCACCUGAGCGUUCACUGGAGAAGCAGAUUUGGGCAUUUGAGCGCUUGGAGCUGAGCUGUGAGGUGUCCAUUCCCAAUGCCCCUGUGCGCUGGUUCAAGGAUGGCCUGGAGGUGGAUGAGACACACAACUUGUUGCUUCAGAUGGAAGGUGCUGAGCACCACCUAGUUGUCCUGCAGGCAAGUGCCGAAGAUGCUGGUGAAUACAUCUGCGAGACUAAGGAUGACUCUGUCUCCUUUGAUAUCAGAGUUUCAGAACCCCCUGUGAAGAUUGUGCAGCCCCGCAGGACUCCCUCUGUCCUGAAGGCAUCAACGGGGGAGACAGUGACUCUGAUCUGUGUGCUCUCUCAUGGGAAUGCGCCAGUCCGCUGGGUUAAGGACGGUGUCACGCUAGAGGCCAACAGCGGCCUCAUCCUGGAGGAGGAGGGUGCUCGGCGGUGUCUGGUCAUCCCUGCAGCUGGCCCAGAGCAUUCUGGGAAAUACAUCUGCAACGCUGUUGACGAUACCAUGACCUUCGCCAUCCAGGUGUCGGACCCCCCAGUGCGGAUUGUGGGGCGUGAUGAGCUGCAAACUCACCACUGCUGCCUGUCUUCAGAGGACCUGACACUAUCAGUGAUGCUGUCUUGCCCUAAAGGAGAGGUGAAGUGGUACAAGGAUGGUGAGAAACUCCAGGACACAGACCAUGUGCGACUGGAGCAGGAUGGCGCACACCAUUCCUUGGUGAUUCUGGGAGCGGAGCGCUGCGAUGCGGGGGAGUAUCUGUGUGACAGUGGUGAUGACAGCCUCAUCUUCUAUGUCACAGUGGAGGAGCCUCCCAUCUCCAUUGUGGGAAACACAGGAGUACCAGAGCACCACUCCCUGGCAGCUGGAGAAGCUCUGGUCUUGGCUUGCAACGUGUCUUUGCCUAGUGCUACUGUGCGCUGGCUGUGGAAUGGGGAGGAGCUAGGAUCCAGCAAACGUAUUCACAUUGAAGGCCAUGGAAGACACCGCCAACUCACUAUCCUUGGAGCCAAACCUGAAGACUCAGGCUCCUAUGUGUGUGAUGUAGGCACUGACCGGAUGGUGGCCACAGUGAAAGUGGCAGCACCCCCUGUGCACAUUGUGAAUAAGAAUGAUGCCCAGGUAUCUUUGGAAGUCCAGGAAGGGGAGAACCUGACACUAGUUGCCCGGCUCUCCCAAGAGAAGGCUUCUGUCCAGUGGAUGAAGAAUAUGCACCCCCUUUACCCUGGGCCACGUGUGGUUGUGAGCAGUGAGGGAGCAGUGCGCAGCCUCACCAUCAGGCAAGCUGAGCCAGGUGACAGCGGCAUCUAUAGCUGUGACACUGGAGACGAUGAAGUGCAUUUCAAAACUUAUGUGCAAGAGGCCCCAGUGCUGUUUGUGCCAAAGCUGGAGCAUCCAGAGAAGGUGCUGGUGCUGGAGGGGGGCAGUGCAGUGCUUUCGGCCAUUGUCUCCAAGGAGCCGGCUGUGGUGAGCUGGGAAGGACCCCGAGGCACCUUGUUGGCACGCGAGCACUGCCAGCUGCGCAGAGAGGGCCGGGUACACAGCCUUCUGCUGAACAAUGUGGGCAAAGCUGAUGCCGGCGAGUACAUAUGUCACUCCCAUCAUGACCAGCUGCGUUUUGAGCUUAGUGUCAAAGAGAUGCCAGUGAAGUUUGUCCGGGGUCUCUCAGAUGUAUCAGCCCUGCAAGGGGAGACAGUGCUAUUUUGGUGUGAGCUGUGCAAAACCAAAGGUGAUGUGCUGUGGCUGAAGGAUGGGAAGGAGCUGGAACCCAACGAGCACCUGAAGAUCCAAGCAGAGGGGCGGGAACGUUCCUUGACCCUGAGCCGCCUGGGGCCUGAGGAUGCUGGCGAAUACUCAUGUGAAAGCAAGGAUGACAGCACCCUAGCUAUCCUCACAGUCCAGGUCCCUAGGUUAGUGGAGAUCAUUUCUGAGCUCCACAACUUAACAGUGCUGGAAGGGGAUGAUGCCACCUUCAAGGUUGUGGUGUCUCCAGAUGAUGUGGCCCUGAAGUGGCAGGUGAAUGGCCAAGAUGUAGUGCCCAGUGAGCGGUUGACCACCACCAGGAAUGGCCUGUGCCACACCCUUACCAUACGGCAGUGUCGACUGAGUGAUACCGGCAUCGUCACUGUCCAUGCAGAAGGCUUGUUGAGCUCGGCCAGGCUCAGCAUACAAGAGGCUCAGGUGAUAUUUGUGCAGACUCUCCGUGACUUGGUGGCUGAGGAGGGGCAAGAUGUGCGCUUGGAAGUGGAGCUGAGCUUGGAGAGUGCGGAGGUACAGUGGAUGAAGCAAGGCAUUCUGCUCCAACAGAACACUAAAUACUCUAUGGAGGCACAUGGGUCCCAGCGGGCCCUCACUAUCUACAACACUGAGCUUGCAGACAGAGGCACCUACCGUUGUGAGAGCCUGCAUGACCGCACGCAAGCCAGGCUGAUUAUGGAGCCCCGAAGAGUGAUGGUGAAGAAACCGCUGUCAGAUGUGGAGACGUUUGAAAAGGAGACAGUGACAUUUGAGCUUGCGCUCUCCCACACCAACGUAGCCGGGGUAUGGACACGCGAUGGGAUCCGCGUGAAGCCAAGCGCCACCUGCCGAGUGAGCGCCACAGGGUGUGUGCACAGCCUGACACUGCUGGGAAUCACACUAGAUGACUCGGGGACUGUGGCCUUCACUGCCGACACCGUGCGAAGCAGCGCCCGCCUUACUGUCCGAGAGCCACCAGUUACUAUGCUGCGCUUUCCCCAGGAUAUGGGCAUCCCUGAGACAGGCUCAGCCACCUUUGAGUGUGAGCUGUCCCGGCCCCUGGCUGAGGUGAAAUGGUACAAGGAUGGGGAGGAGAUCCAGACGGGGCCCAAUUGCCGCAUGUAUUCAGUGGGACGCCGGCGCCUCCUGCAGCUCAACCACUGCAGCCUUGAAGAUGCGGGCGAGUACACGUGUGAUGCAGGCAACUGCUGUGCCUCUGCCAAACUACGGGUCUUUGAACGCCAGGUUCAGAUUGUGCGGGAGCUGGAGGAUGUGCGAGUGCGAGAGAACGAGAAUGCUGUCUUCGUGUGCGAGGUAUCACUUGAGGAGGUGAAAGGCGAAUGGUUCCGGAAUGGGGAGAGAAUCAAAGUUACCAGCACUGCGAAAAUACGGCAGGAAGGAACCCGGCACUUCCUGCUUCUGUGCUGUGUCCAUCCUGAGGAUACAGGCCAAGUCCGCUUUGUGGCUAAGGCAGUUGCUUCUGAAGCCCGCCUGGAAGUGGAGGCAUUGCCCAUCCGCAUUUUGAAGCCGCUACGGGACAAGACUGUUCUAGCACGGCAUAAAGCCACACUAGAAUGCACGGUGUCUCAGUCUCGUGGACCUGUGCGCUGGUUCCGUGGUGACACAGAGAUCUUUGCUGGCCAGAAGUACGAAAUCUGCAACUUGGACUGUUACCGAACCCUCGUUAUCCACUGUGUUGAGCCUGCAGAUGAGGGCCUGUAUACCUGUGAUGCACUGGAUGACCGCUCCACGGCCCGCCUGCUAGUGGAGGCUGAAGCGAUCCUGGUGGUGCGAGCCCUGCGGAAUGUAGACGUGGUGGCCCCCUCUGAGGCCCAGUUCGAGUGUGAAAUAUCUGCUCCUCCAGCGUGCACCCCCCGGUGGAGUCUCAAUGGAGAGGACUUACAGCCUGGCUCACAAGUGCUAAUGGAGAGUGUGGGAUGCAUCCAUAGGCUGAGGCUCUGCCAGACAACACCUAGUAUGAGCGGGAUGGUGAAAGUUACUAUUGGGAAUGCCCGCUCCAAAGCCCAUCUCACAGUCCGAGAGCACUAGUAUCAGUAAGGUCCUGAAUGCAAAAGAGCAAUGGCUGAGUGUGGAAAGCCCAAGGACACCGGGGAAGGUGGAGACAGCAUGUUUGACAAUUGCAUGGACAGUAAGAAGAAUGGGCACACAGACAAACAAUUCCUCUUCCUGUCUCCCUCUUCUGCAUGACAAGGGAAACGGGUUCUGCUUUCAUUAAAUGCUCUUGAUUCUCAAUUUUUAUUUUUUUAUCCUGGUGCUCUUCAGUAGGUGAGAUGGCUCUGCUGGGCAAGAUGUAUCAUGUCCAUCAGUUGCCUAGACCAAUGGGAAGUGGUGAGGCACUGGAGCUGUGUAACCUGUGCCUCUCUGCACUUCUUAGAGCCCCCCAGUUUAAGGCUUCCUAACUGCAUGGUCAGCUCCCCUUGCAGGAUCUGGAAAACACAGAAUAGUAGGUGGGUGUGAUGUCAUGGUAUGUGCCUGUUGUUCCUUU